AUGAAUUUGUUCGGAUAUGGGAAAGACGCUACCGGCGAGGAACCCGCAAGGUGUGUCGAAGGCACAUCACCUGGGGCCCCAGGCCUCGGCGACAUUGCGGUGUUGAUGGGUCAUAUCGAGGGCCGGUGGGCAGAACAAUUCCUCGAACUGAAUCAAGCGCACGUCUGGGAACCGCCUCUCCGCGAUGGGUCGCAAGAGACCGACGCCGAGAUUGACGAUGAGAAGCCAGAACCGUGGCGGGGACAGAUGCAUGCCUCUAUUUCUCUUGAUCGCAUCCUGUGUCAUUCCUUUCUGAAGCUUCCAACCCGGCAGGACGGCUGGCGCCACGGAGCAGAAACAAUGAGCUCAAGGAGAAAAGGCGAGAGGCUGCGCGACAUGUUGUAUCCGCUAAACGCCGAAAGUGGUAUCAGCAGCUCGAUGUUUCGCAUCGACUUUGCGCCUGGCCCCAAUAGGAAGCCUACCCCAAGAAUCACCCCAGAAUUAGAUUCUCGACACCCCCCAAUCCGCAUCGAGAUAGGGACAACCACUCUCAGGCGAGACUUAGGUCAAAGCGUGAUGCUUGACCGGCCGGCCAAAAUAUACCUCAACGAUAACGACCCCGACUGUCUGAAUUUUUGGAUAUGGUCACCUACACGCAACGCGGUGGAACAGAGAGUCUUCAAGAAACACACCGAUGCCUUUUAUAAACGUGGGAAUUGCAUGGACGAGGCAUACUUUCCUGGUCUUACCUCCACUGGCGGUUCCACCCGGGCUCCGUCGCGUGCGGGCUACGAGACACGGACAGGUCCGACUGUCAUGGAAUACGAGACACGGACAGGUCUGUCUGGCACAGUAUACCAGAUAGACGGUAGCAAAAUUGGGAACGGUGCUUUCAGAGACGUGUAUCCUGUCAAAAUCAUCGGUCAUCCUGUUUCCAACCUAGUCGUGCCAGAGCAGACCGCCAUCCAGAAACGACAGGCCGAGAUGCUAAAGGAAGAUCCCCAAGAGUACCAAUCCAACCCCCCUAAACCAGAUCUUGUCGCAAAAGUGGUCAGACUACCGGGCAACGAUGAUCAGUCGAAGCAGAAUUAUAGAGAAAUGCUGGAAAUAGAAGCCAAGUUUGUAAUGAAUCACCCGCAUCCUCACGUCAACCAAAUCUACGACAUCUCCUACAAACCCGGAGCUGAUGACAGACCGUGGAUCAUCGAACAACGCCAGAAAUACUGCCUUGACGACGAGUGUCUCCCCUUUCCUAUCGACAAGCUGGAUAUGGCCAAGCAGCUCCUUUGUGGCUUAAAGUACUUACACUUCCACGGGAUAAUGCAUCGCGACAUCAAGCCUGCUAAUGUAAUGCUGGAGCUCAUAAAAUACUACGCCGAGGGCCGUCUGCGUGUCCGAUGGGUCGCCAAAUACACUGAUCAUGGCAUGGUGGCGUCUACUAACCGCAUGGUGAAGGGAAGGUGUGGGUCGCCCUGGUACUGCGCGCCUGAGGUCCUAGAUAACAAGCCUUACAAUGAGAAGGCCGACAGCUUCUCUGCUGGCGUCAUGAUGUUUUGUAUGAUUGCGGAGUACGACCCCUUCCGGAAGCAAUCGAACUGGUCGCCGGCCUCGUCUUCCCAAGUACGGCUAUGGAUGAAUGAAGAAGUUGGUCCAAUCAUAGAGACGGAGUGCCCUCAGGAAUGGCGGGUUUUUUUCAAAGGAAUGCUUUUGGAGAAUCCAAAGGCACGGUGGAGCGUGGAUAAAGGCCUGGAUUACCUGCUGAGCCUGGACCAAAGCCCAACACGCGACAGCUCCUCGAACGCUCCGUCUUUACCUUGGACAACAGGACCCUUUACAGAGGAAGAGAAGCGAAUGACGAAGAAGGAAGUGUUCAGGCGCAAUGGUGUGAUGGAGUCUGAUGAUGAGCUGUCUGAUAGUGCUAGCACCAUCACCCCGACAGCUCUAGGUAUACAUCCUGACGGCAGAGCUCUGGAGGAUGACGUACCGGUGACGCCCAAGCUCUCUUGCCCAGCGGAGCUACCUGUCACACCUUGCCAAGGGCUCGCAGGGGAAGACGCACUACCUUCCGCGACCUGCACGCCCGUUUUUGGCGACGAGGCGACGGCUCGGACCGUCAAGCAAGUGGUAGACCAGCCGGCACCUCACGAUUUCAGCGCCAUCUGGGACUGGGGCGAACUUCAAUUUCACUGGAGGAAGACGCUCCCAGCGCGUCGGGCACCCACGAGCGCAUUCGCCAAGCCGCGCCCGAAUCCUAGGCUACAACCUGGAAUUACCAACCGGACCUUGGGUUUCACUCCAUUCCCACAGACCAGGUGCUCGACCAAGGCAGAAAGGUUUUCGUCAUCACAGCAGUUGACCAAGGAACUGACAAAUGCAAUUCAGAGCGCAGAGGGCGAGGAUUCCGAGGCAGAGACGGAGCGACUGGAUGGAGACGAAGACCCUGAAGUACCACCCGACACCCACGACCACAGCGGUCCCGAGGAUGAGACCGGGAGGGAUAUUGGAGACGAAGAAGCCAACAUACAAAUCGAGACGGCAGAGACCGAGAGGGAUGUUGAAGACAGAGGACCUGAAGCAGCAUACUCCACCCGCAGAGGGGCCCAAACGAAUGCGCCGACUAACGACGAUCAUGAGAACGAGCAGCGUGAAGGGCUGAACGACCGCGAGUCGUUGUUUCUUUUGCGGCCGUUUCAGCCCAGGAAGCGUGCAGCCACAGAUUCGACAGAGGCCAACAAGAGAGUCAGAAACAAUUUUAACAAUGCUAAGGAGAUUAACUUAGGUGGUGGUCGUUUUGCAAGGGUGCUUCGCUAA